UCAUAAAUAAUUAAUGUAAUUUCUUCUACUAAUUCCAUUCUUAUUUAUGUGUACAAAUAUUUAUAGUAAGUAAUUAAUUACGUAUAUAGAUAAACAAAAAUUAACUACGUAUAUAUAUGCACGUAUAGUCAAGCACGUAGAGAUUUCUGGAAAAGGAUGCAAAUUUCUUCCAUAGUAGAAAAUAACUUGCAACAGAAUCUCUGAAUUCACACAGAAAGAGGAGAGAAAAUUUAGUGUGUGUGUGUGUGUGUUUUGUUGCUUUUUUUUUUCUCCCUGCGGAGGACCAUAAGGAUAAAAAGAGAAAGCAGAAAGAGUCAUUUUUUUUGCACAUUUAGACGUAGAGAGACAGAGAAUUGUUGAGAAUUUUGAAGAAAUUAGGGUUAGGAACUGUAGAGAAUGGCGGCUCAGGGAAGGGAAGGAGGUGGAGGAGUAGCGGUUUUAUGUGGUGGUGCAGUCAAUGCCGUGGAUUCUUCUACGUCGGCUUCCAGCGGAGUUUUGGACAAGGAGAGUACAAAGCAGGAUUUUCCUAUUCUGUUUUUUCUCUUCUUUCACAAGGCAAUUCGGCUGGAGCUUGACGCACUUCACCGUUCGGCUUUAGCAUAUGCUACUGGACAAUUGGCCGACAUACAGCCGUUGCUCAAGCGUUACCGUUUUCUUAGAUCAGUUUACAAGCACCAUUCCCAUGCUGAGGAUGAGGUGAUCUUUCCAGCUCUUGAUAUACGUGUGAAGAAUGUAGCACAAACAUACUCCUUAGAGCAUAAAGGUGAAAGUGAUCUUUUCGACCACCUUUUUGAGCUCUUAAAUUCUGAGAAGCAUAACUAUGAAAGUUUUCCACGAGAGCUGGCAUCUUGUACUGGGGCAUUGCAAACCUCUGUUUGUCAGCACAUGUCGAAAGAGGAAGAACAGGUAUUUCCUUUGCUCAUUGAGAAGUUCUCAAAUGAUGAGCAGGCAUCACUUGUUUGGCAGUUCCUUUGUAGCAUUCCUGUCAAUAUGAUGAAAAAGUUCCUUCCUUGGCUUUCAGCUUCUAUAUCUCUUGAUGAGCUCAAGAAUAUGCACAAGUGCUUGUCUAUGAUUAUUCCAAAAGAGAAGCUUCUCCAGCAGGUAAUUUUCACCUGGAUGGAAGGUGGAAAGUGUGUCACUGCAGUUAGUGGGCAUGAUAUCGAUGCUGAGCUGGAAUGUUCUAUGGAUUUUAACUCUGUCACAGUCCCUUGUGCGUCAGGAAAGGUAAAGUGUGCAUGUGAAUCUUCCAGCACUGGGAAAAGGAAAUUCGGGCUAAAAGGUGAUACUUGUGAUACUGAUCGUGGAAACCCAAUAGAUGAAGUAUUGCAUUGGCAUAAUGCUAUUAAGAGAGAGCUAGAGGAGAUAGCAGCAGAGGCUAGAAGAAUUGAGUUAGCUGGAGAAUUUUCUAAUUUGGCACCUUUCUAUGUGAAACUUCAGUUUAUCGCUGAAGUCUGCAUAUUUCACAGUGUUGCCGAGGACAAGGUCAUAUUUCCUGCUGUAGAUGGAGGACUCUCCUUUUUCCAAGAGCAUGCUGAAGAAGAAAGUCAAUUUAAUGAGCUUCGUUGUCUGAUUGAGAGCGUUCAAAGUACAGAAAUCAGUUCCACUUCAGCUGCUGAGUUUUUCUCCAAAUUAUGUUCGCAAGCGGACUUAAUUAUUGAGACAAUCAAAUGGCACUUUUACAAUGAAGAAGUUCAGGUCCUUCCGCUUGCUCGGAAGCAUUUUACCCCGGACAGACAGAGGAAACUGUUGUACCAAAGCUUGUGUUUAAUGCCAUUGAAGUUGAUAGAGCGAGUCCUACCCUGGCUAGUUGGAUCACUGUCUGAAGAUGAAGCCAGAAAUUUCUUAAAAAAUUUGCAGCUGGCAGCUUCAGCACAUGAUUCUGCUUUGGUAACCUUAUUUGUUGGUUGGGCAUGUAAAGGACGUACGGAUGGUGUAUGUUUGUCUUCUAGUGUCACUGGUUGCUGCCCUGUUAAAAGAUUUACUGACAUUGAAGAAUCUUAUAUUCGAGCACCUUGUCUAUGUUUACUCUCAGUCGAUACUGAUGAUUCUAAGAGGCCUUCCAAAAGAAACCUUGCCGUAAUUUGCACAAAAGAAAAUACAUCGAACUCAUCUAAGGGUGUAAAUGCUUGUAAUAUAUCUUGCAAUGAUCAGCCAUGCUGUGUUCCAGGAUUGGGAGUCAGUGAUAAUAAUCUCGGACGAACUAUUAUAUCCACUCCAAAAUCUCUUCGUUCGCUGACCUUCAGCUCUACCGCUCCUUCUCUUGAUUCAUGCCUCUUUAUAUGGGAGACAGAUUGUAUCUCUUCUCAACCCAACCAUAAAGUGCAUCCUAUUGACACAAUAUUCAAAUUUCACAAGGCGAUACGAAAAGAUUUGGAGUAUCUUGAUGUUGAAUCUAGUAAGCUUAGUGACUGUGAUGAAGCUUUUCUUCGGCAGUUCAUUGGAAGAUUCCGGUUGCUUUGGGGUUUGUACAGAGCCCACAGCAAUGCUGAGGAUGAAAUCGUUUUCCCUGCACUUGAAUCUAAAGAAGCACUCCACAAUGUGUCUCACUCCUAUACCUUAGACCAUAAGCAGGAGGAAAAAUUGUUUGAAGACAUUUCAUCUGCCCUCAAUGAUCUUUCGACUCUUCAUGAAGGGCUGAAGGAUGGCCCUAUGGGCUUAAGUGAUAGGGAUCACAUAAGGAAAUACAAUGAGCUUGCCACAAAGGUUCAAGGAAUGUGUAAAUCAAUCAGAGUAAGCCUGGAUCAACAUAUAUUUAGAGAAGAACUUGAGUUGUGGCCACUGUUUGGCAAACAUUUUUCUGUGGAGGAGCAAGACAUCAUUGUUGGUCGUAUAAUUGGAAGCACAGGAGCUGAAGUACUUCAAUCAAUGUUGCCCUGGGUAACUUCUGCUCUUACUCAGGAUGAGCAGAAUAAGAUGAUGGACACAUUAAAGCAGGCUACUAAAAACACCAUGUUCAGCGAAUGGCUCAACGAGUGUUGGAGACGAACUCCUGAAAUAUCUGCACAGCCUGAAACCUUGCAAACUAGCAAUACAAACCGAGGUUCAGUUGUUGAUUCUCAUGAAGGCUUGGACCAGAGUGACCAUAUGUUCAAACCCGGCUGGAAAGACAUUUUCCGUAUGAAUCAAACAGAACUUGAGUCGGAGAUUAGAAAAGUUAACAGGGAUUCAACUCUUGAUCCAAGAAGGAAAUCUUAUUUAAUUCAAAAUCUGAUGACUAGCCGUUGGAUAGCCUCUCAGCAGAAAUCACAAGCAUCAACAGAAGAAGUUUCUUGUAGUGAAGAUGUUGGGUGUUCACCGUCCUUUCGAGAUCCAGAGAAGCAGAUUUUUGGAUGUGAGCACUACAAAAGAAACUGCAAACUUCGUGCAGCUUGCUGUGGAAAAUUGUUUACAUGCAGAUUCUGCCAUGAUGAAGUGAGCGACCAUUCAAUGGAUAGGAAAGCAACAGUAGAGAUGAUGUGCAUGCGUUGUUUGAAAGUUCAAGCAAUUGGACCUAGCUGCACGACACCCUCAUGCAAUGGAUUUUCCAUGUCAAAGUACUUUUGCAGUAUAUGCAAAUUCUUUGACGAUGACAGGCCUGUAUAUCACUGCCCCUCUUGCAACUUGUGUCGUGUUGGAAAUGGCCUCGGAAUUGAUUUUUAUCAUUGCAUGAAAUGCAAUUGCUGUCUGGGAAUAAGUUUGAAAGAGCACAAGUGCUUGGAGAAGGCUUUAGAAAUAAAUUGUCCCAUCUGCUGUGAGUUUUUGUUUACUUCAAGUGCUACAGUUAGACCUCUGCGUUGUGGGCAUUACAUGCACUCAGCUUGCUUUCAGGCAUAUGCUUGCAGUAACUACGUUUGUCCGAUAUGCAGCAAAUCUAUGGGUAAUAUGGCGGUUUAUUUUGGAAUGCUGGAUGCUCUGCUGGCUAAUGAGGUUCUUCCAGAGGAGUACCAGAAUCGUUGGCAGGAUAUUCUUUGCAAUGACUGUGAACAGAAAAGCAGGGCGCGCUUCCAUUGGUUAUAUCAUAAGUGUGGGUCCUGCGGAUCUUACAACACCAGAGUCGUUAAAGCGCCUGCGACAUAUUCUGGCUGCCCUACCUCAAAUGGUGGAGUGAGGAGUGAGGAAUGAGCACUCUCUCCACUGUUCGAUGAGCUUUUGCACCUGUAAAUAAUGUAUAGAGAACUAAGCUUUUUCCCCUAGUGUCGAUAUUAGUAGGCAAAGAGGAGGCCAUAGUUCUCAGGGAAUGGAUAUUAUCAUGCAGCUGUUUUGCUAACAGCUAUUGGAUCUAUUACCAGCUUAAGUUCAGCGGUGGCUAGAUUUGGCAGGAAAUUCAUAGGUGGUCUUGAGUUUAACCCUAGAGCCUUAGAUUGACUUUAAUAUACCUAAUGUAUAGUCUAUAAAUUUGUUUCAAUAGUUAUUCGUUUAAAGUUGCAAUGAUAAUUUUUACUCCAAAA